AUGGAAAAAAUAAAAAAACAAAAUAAUAUAGGAAGCUAUAGUAGUGAUAAAGAUGGUGAAUAUAAAAAGUUUAGAUUUUCAAAAACCUCAAUUAGAGGUUUUCUAUUAAAAGAAUAUGAAAGAGAAGUACCAAUUAUUGUUAAAAUUCAAAGUUAUAGAAAUAAAUUUUUAGAUUUUUAUUUUAAAAUGGCAAGCAUUUUAGGAGAAGAAGUAUUUUUCAUAUUAGCAUUACCAAUUAGUACAUGGUGUGUUGCAACACAAUUAGGAGUUGAAUUAUGUGUGGUGUUAGCACUUACAAUUGGUGGUGGAAAUAUACUAAAGAAUACAUUUACAUUACCUCGUCCACCACCAAAUAUAGUUUGGACCAAUACAGCACAUCAAAAAGAUCAUGGUUUACCAUCAACUCAUACAGCAUCAGCAUUUGGUUUAACUUUUUACUUUUUAAUUUAUACUUAUUUCCUUUUCCCAACAAUUGGUGAAUCUUUUAAUAUUUCACUUUUAUCUAUGUUUUUUAUUGUAUUAUUUUGGUCAACAAGUGUAAUGUUUAGCAGAUUAUAUAAUGGUCAUCAUACACCAAUGGAUGUUAUUGCAGGUUUAAUUGUCGCAAUUACAUCAAUAUUAGCAACAACAUAUCAACUUAGAUAUUUUAUUGAAGGAAUGGUAUUAUCUGAAACCUUUUUAUUUGGACCAAUGCUUUAUAUUGCAAUUUUAUCAGCAAUUUUGUUUUUCCAUCCACAAGCAAACACUGGACCAACACCAGCAUAUCCAGAGACUGGUUUGGUUUGUGGUGCAAGUUUAGGUUCUUUAAUUAGUUUAUGGCUUCAUGCUCAACAUCCAUGUCCAUUAAUGAAUCAAGAAUUAUUAUUAUUAGAAGCUAAUUAUGAUUCAAUAGUUUCAACAAUUCAUUCAAUUCCAUUAUUACUUCAUGGUAGUAGAAUUUUAAUUGGUUUGGUUUUAGUUGGUAUAGCAAAAGUUUUCUCAAAGAAAUUCUUUUUCUUUGCUUAUGAUUUGGUAAUUAGAGCAAAUACAAAUAAUGAACAAUCUCAACCAAUCACUACAGUUUCAUUCGAUCCAAAUAAAAAGAUCAUAGUCACUCCAACAAUUGAAGCUUUCUCAAAAUUGUUUGUUUACACUUGUGUUAGUUUCACUAUCGUUUCAAUGCCAUACUUAUUUUAUUAUUUAAAUAUUCAAACUUCUGCUGAUGUAACAAGAUAUUAUUAG